UUUUGCGAUUUCGGACGAAUAUCGCUAUUUACGAAAGAACUAUCAAACGUAUCAACAAUAAUGUAAUCAGAAGUGCAUCAGAUAGGGCGUUAGCGCGCCAAAACAGCGAAAAUAGGCUUUGUGAACGUUUAACCUCGUAGUUGUGGUUCAAUCGUUUUCGCAUAUAUAUCGUUUAUAUCAUGUUGAAGUUCAAAAAAAUGGGAUCGGAUAAAGUGCCGUUGUUACUUGUGACUGCAAACGUUGGAUCUAUAUUUGAGGAACCAUCGGUAAUGCUCCCAAUAUGGACAUCAGAGUUUCUACAGGCGGUCUCACGGAUGGACCCGAAGUUCAUUGCGCUACAUCUACAAGAGGUCGGCGGUAAAGCCUACGAGAAGUCAAUGCAAUACGUGAAGGACUUUGUGCAGAGACUCUGCGAAUGUCCAGAGUUGCGGCUCUACGACAAGAUCAGAACGUUCCUGGACGAAGACUUUAGUUCACCGGAGAAGUUCACGGCUCUCGGCAACAUGUACUUCGCUCACUCUUCGCUGACAGACCUGAAGAUCUGGGACUUUGAUCUGAAGGCAUACGUUGAUGUGCAGGGCAAAGAGAUUCACAGCGGGAACAUUGAGAAGGUUACCACCAAAGAGAAAGCAAAGUUCCCCCAGCACUUCUUCCCUGAAUGUAAGUGGUCCCGUAAGGGUAUACUGCGGACUCGCUGGAUGAUCCGCGGCACCGCCGUCGAGUUCGUCAACAUCCACCUCUUCCACGACGCGUCCAAUCUUCUUGCCAUGGAGCCCUUUCCCUCAGUGUACUGCCGAAGUCGACGGCGCGCGUUACGUCACACGUUACGCCACCUCCACUCGGACGUGAAUGCAGCCCCGUACUUCAUAUUUGGUGACUUCAACUUCAGGACUGACACCGGCGGUGUCGUUAAGAAAGUGACAGAAGAUUUGACAUCAAUUCGUAUGCAAAACGGCAACAGCGCUGACGCGUCGCGGCUUCAAUUCCGAGGUACCGACGAGCGUAUAGUACUGACUAUCGGCAAGAAGGAAUUCGCUCAUGCAGACCACCAGAAGAUCUUCAGAGAACCAUGGUUACAAAGGUUUGACAAAGAGCUUGAAGCACUCCGGCCGCAUCUAUACGAAUUUCCCGUAAAGUUCCCACCGUCGUAUCCCUUUGAGGAGGAUAUACAUCUACCUACGCAUUAUAUGAAGACCAGAUGUCCAGCUUGGUGCGACCGCAUACUGCUGUCUCAGUCAGCGCGCCUUCUAGUCCAGCACCAGGACACCAGUCGGACUGGGGAUAAUAGACAUUUGCAUUCAUCCAGGAAGUCUGUGGCAGAGUCUAGCGAAAGCAGCGGUCGCAAUUCCGCUGAUGGUAGUCCGGCUCGAGGACAGUCGAGCCCGGGCAAGGGUCUGGAGAAGAAGGGCAGCGUGGCCGAGCUGGACGCACUGUGCCUGCCGCCCGCCGCCGUCAGCAGGAAGAGCAUCGCGGACCCCACCAGCGUGCAGCAAGCCAUCAACGCCAGGGUAGCGGAGUCUGAACACUCCCCGAUCCGGCGGAAGCUGGUACGCAACCAGUCGGAGGGAUCGCCGAAGCCGGGAGACGCGCUCUCGACCGAACUGCGGCGGCUCGUGGAGGGGCCCGCCAGGAAACGGAACGAGUACGGUGUCAUUGGGGACACCGCCUGCAUGGGGGACCAUAAGCCGAUCUACCUGCGCGUGAUGCUGCAGAGUGACCGAGGUACGGUAGCGUGCUGCGGCGGCGGCCUGCCGUGCGCCCUCUGCCUCAGCGCCGCCCGCCUCCCCCCGCGCCCGCCGCGCCCCCCGCGCCCGCCCCGCGCCCUGCCCCGCCUCCCCACAGACCCCGACCUCUACGCCAGCAAAAAGGGCAAAACCCUCUUCUCUAGUAACCCCGACACCCUGACGGACGACCACAGACCGAAACGCACGCGCACCGGUUCCCUAAACGAGAAAAUCCUCCGAAUUCCCCACGUCGAAAUCACAACGGCCGACUACUCGAGUUACGACGGCGUAUUCGUUAACGAAAUCGAUAACACCUUACUCUUUGUGAGGCCGUGCAUGGACCCCUAUACGCCGGAGAGUAUCGAUUCUCAUACGCCCGACGUCGAAGAGGCGUCCAGCGCUGAGGAAAUCGCGAACGAACUAGACGACGUUCUAGGUGUGAGUAUGAUCGAAUCUAAAUCGAUUAAGUUGAAUCGAGACAGGAGCGUCUCUCCUACCCAAUUGAAGCAUAGACUCGAUAAGUUGUUGACGGAGGACAGGUAUACGGGUGUACCUGAGAUUCAGAGGCUAAAUAGUAGAGAGUCUUGUAAGUCGGACGGUAGUAAAAAAGGGGGGUUGUGCUGUUUGGCUUUGAAAUGCUACGGGUUCUGCAGGCGGAGGGCGCCGAAGGUCAAUUGCGGUUGUAGUGGCUUGAGUAACUGUUGCACCUCCUGA